AUGUCAGAAAGCCAGCAAUCUGACUUUGCGUCGUCGCUUUAUGACGGAGAUAUAGAUACUCUUGCUUAUCUUACGCCUUCAAAUCGACCAGUUACUCCAGGUCCAUCUAGCAGUCAGCAAACAUUUGAUACCUUUGACUCUGAAUUCCUCCGUCCAGUUAUCCCACUUGUGGUUCCAUCUUCUCUUACACGCGUUGGUCCUGACCGUAGAAAGGCAUUUGUUCUUUAUGACGAAAUGACUCAUAGUGAUUGGGUGGACUGGUGGUUACAGACUGACUAUGGAAGAAAGAGCAAGAUACAUUGGGAUUCAAGUCAUCAGUCAGAUAUUUGGAGCCACUUUCACCAAGUGGCACAUGGAACAGAUGGCUCGCCAAAGGUUAUGUGUAAACGCUGCGGCCAGAUUCUUGAGCAUCCUUAUUCUCUAAGUAAAGGAGCCGACGGGAAGGACCAGCGUCAUGGCUUAUCAACGAUGAAAAGACAUCUCACGACCGCUGGGUGUCAAAAAGCCAAUAAAGGACACAACGCAGAAAUCACUGAAUUUCUCAAGAAGGGUGAUGAUACUCCGACCGAAGCUACUUUUUCGCAAGAAGGCUGGGAAGAAGAGAUCUUAUCGUUUCUAUCUAUGAAUCGGCUUCCAUUUCAUCUCAUUGAGCACCCAACGUUCAAGAGCCUAAUCAAUAUGGCUCGCUCUGCCCUAUCGUUGCUCGCUCUGCCCUAUCUCCUCCUAUAA